AUGCUUCGUGAACUUAAUCUUGCUGAUUUGGAGUUCUUACUGGCCGGCAGCAAUGCCGCCUUGGUCCCUGGCAUCGGCAGCGAUGACUCCAUCCUGGGUCGACUACAGAGACUUGAGCAUGCCGUGUUCGGCUCUGCGGCGUCUACCGGGGCUUCCGCGGACCAAGGUUUAGUUGGAAUCGAGUAUGAAAGUGAUAGGAGACGGACGAGCAAUCGGCAGCGGAUUCCUAGCCCUUCCAACCAGCGUCAGUCACAAGAGUCCUUGAGACCCAACGAGAGGCAACAAACAGCAAUGUUUCUUGAUUCAACCUUUACACGCAAUGGCUUCAGCAUCACCCUUCCGUACGACAAGAUCGAUUACCAUGUUGCCCAUGUCUCCCAGCUUCCAAAAACACCCGCAAGCACAACCCCCGGCCAGACUCCUACCGACUUCACCGCCACCCGACUGGCCGCCUGGUUUAUGACACACGAAGAAGCCCUUCUACUGCUCCAAGACUUUGUCGACCACCCCUUCCAUCUCCUUACCAUCAUACAUACCCCAGCUGCAAGGUUGAUCAUUGACAACUUCUACCAAAGCCUCGCCUUGAGUGAAGACCCCAAUCCGGCGUAUGCUGCCCUGAUUUUAAGCAUCACAGCUACAAGUGCUUUCUUUUGUAACGAAAGCUCUAAAUCACUUGUCCUGUUCGCAUCUACCGAAGAGGCGACACAGACUGCGUUGAGUUGGCUCAAGUCCGCAUUGAGCAUCCUAGAGAAAUCAAGUGACUCCAGUUGCCUGGAAGAAGUCCAGGCAAGAUGCGUGCUGUCCUACUUGGUCUACAACAUGGAGGGCUGUUCAGCCCGCUACAGGUUUAUGCAUGGCUCGUCGCUGGUGGCUGCCCGUGAAAUAGGUCUGCACUUGAUCGAUAGCCCGUCAUCAGCGCAACAGGACGACGCUAUCACGAGGGAAAUCAAGCGAAGGGUCUGGGUACUUGGCUUGAUGGGUGGGCCAACAGACGGAACAUACAAUGUGCAACUAAGACAGAUGAAUGUCAAGUAUCCUCGAAACAUUAACGACGAUGAGGCUAGUCUUUCAGAUGAGACAUUCACAAUGCCCCCAGAUACACCCACCGCGAUGAGCUGUUUCAACAGGCGAACCCAGCUCUCGGAGAUCACCCGGUCCAUCAUCGAUGCCAGAGUUCCAGGAGUCCCGGACGCCGAGGUCAUUGACUACGAUAAGGUUCUCGAACUCGACAGGCUUUUCAAGGACGUUUUGUCUGGCUUUCCUCCUUUUCUUUGCCCGGAUGGCCCAAUUCCCAGCAACGCUCCGCGCUAUCUUGCCCUUCAGAGAGACAUUGUUCUCAUUGGCUUCCACUCUCGACGAGCACGGCUGCAUCGCCCCUUUCUCUUGCACGAUAAGCAAGACGCUCACUACCAACAGUCGCGGGAAAUUUGUCUGCGGUCUGCCCGCGUAGUUCUUUCCAUCGCCACAAGUCUACUUCGAGCUUCGAAAGACAGAGAGGGCGACUCCGCAUUCAAAGCCAGGGCUAUAGGCUGUCGUCUGGGCUGCGUAAUCGGCCACAUGUUCAUGGCGUGUACAAUUCUGGUUCUUAACGCUGGACUGGAUCCUGCUCGAGGAACACAGGCAGCUGGAGAAGCACACGAUUCAACUUCCGCGGCGACGUCAGAAUCCCACACCGAAGUGGCACAGGCUUGCCGCGCGCUUGCUUCGGCAGGAGAGGAAUCAGGAGUGGCGAAGAAGCUCGUCAGAAAUCUGAUCGGUGUGUUGCGACGCUAUCGCAUUGGGGGCAUGGAUGAUGUCGCCUCGCCAGAGUCGGACCACACACCCGAAUUGGGUGCAGAGUUCCCUGACAAUGUGUUGGAUAAAAUCACGAAUAGCACCAAGGAGACCAGCGGAUCAAACGACGACCACGACCCUGGCAACUCCGUCAUGCUGGGCGAGGAUGAUCUUGGCCUCCAUAGUGUGUGGGAUGACAUGCUGGGUGAUGCAUCUGCGUUCGGAUGGGACCAGCUCUUCGCUGGACUCGACACGUACUGCGGUCCGACCUGA